GAUAGGGUUUUUGGGUAUAAUGUAAAAUUUCAAAACUCCAAUCAUUUUGCAAACCCAUGAUCAUCCCCACCACCCACCACCCAAUUGGUAACUCUAUAAUUAUUAAUCAAACCAACCACCUCUUUCUUCAUUCUUCCUUUGUAAAUCUGGUUUUAAUCUCCCAGAAAUCUCAUAUAUCUUGGUUUUUGUACCAAGAGAUUAUCUGCAAAAAAGGAAGAAAAAUGGAGUUCUCAACAUUUAACCCUUCUUGGCACUCCUUUUUCACCUCACCUCUCCUAUUUCCUUACCCAUUUGUGCCUGAAAACUAUGUUCAUUGGACUGAAACCCCUGAAUCCCACAUUUAUUCUGCUGACAUACCCGGUGUAAGGAAGGAGGAAAUCUGUGUGGAAGUCGAGGAUUCGAGGUAUCUAAUAAUUCGUACCGAAUCAGCUGAUGAUACGGUGACAACAGCUGGCGGCCGUACAUUCAUGAAAAAAUUCAGGCUGCCGGAUACUAUUGAUGUAAAUGGGAUAUCUGCUUGUUACGAGAACGGGGUGUUAACGGUUACUGUACCAAGAUCUUUUGUUAGAAGGGGGUUUUAUAUCGAACCGGCUGAUCUGCCACAGCAGACAGAAGUUCUUGCGAGGGCUGCUUGAAUCCUUACAAGGUUUAGGACAUCUUAUGUAUAAAUCUGAUGUUUUUAAGGCUGUUCGGAUUCAGAAAAAAUUAUAGGCAUUAAUUGCUUUGGGAAAAUAUUAUUGGUGUACAAAUAUUCAUUUAGAUCAUGUAGGCCUUGGUACUAAAAUUGUUCAUCUUAUGCAAUGAAUAAUGUGCAUUGAAAUACCAUCAGAAUGUUCAUAUUGGAUA